GAAUUCCCACGAGAGAAGGUUUUGGUAACAAACAACAAAAUGUCACCAGGAGUCAGAAAAGAUGUUGCUUACAUCUGGCAUAUAAAUCAGCCCAUUUUUUUGAAAUGCUUUUGUCCUUGAAAAGUUGUUUUGCAUACCAAAAAAGGAAGGACUCUUUUAGCCUAAAUUGAAAACAUUGAAGCAAACUGUGUUGUACUUUAGUGGAUAAAACAUGCACACACACAGAAAUAUGUACUACAUAUAGCUAGCAAGAAUUGUUCCUAAAUCUCAGGCUUCAAGUAUGGUCACAUUUAUUAUUUUUUCUCCAAUUGAGCCUCUCUGGCUUUAUUGAAAAGAAAUUUGGUCUGUCUUCUUAGAUCUGUCCUGUUGCCGCCUCAGUUGUCCUGAAUUCUCUGUGCUCAUUGGUCUAGUGUGGAGGUAGGGAGGAGCAGACCAGCCUUCUUCCUACAGAGGACAGGCCUCCUGUGGGGCCUGGUGACUCUGGGGCUUCCACUGUCGCUUGCUAGCCCAUCUGGUGAGACUUCCUUGGCCUGGCCUGACUGCCAGUAGCACAGGUGCCGUGAUUCUUCAGAGGUGUGGGCUCCACUCCCGUGAGCACAAGCCUCCUCACAGGUGCUCCACAUUCCGUUCCUUGGGUUACAGUUUCUAGGGUUCCUGGGUGGCAGGAACACUGGGUCAGCCCUGUUUUCAUUGUUAUUUCUUCCAUUGUGCCUGCCUCCUUGGUGAUCAACUCAAAGGGAGAAUACAGCAGCUUUCUUUCUGAAUCCUUAAAGUACACAGAGUCCUAUCGUGCCUCCUGCCCCUAAGUAUCAAGGUUAUUUAUCCCUUCUUACCCCCGUUGGGUGGAUACCAUAAUAAUUUGGGGUGAUUUGCCCUUCUAAGGAGACAGCUUUUCACUGAUUCCACAGCAGUGCUGGUAAAAUACCUAGCUAGCACUAUUCUCACUAAGAAAGAAUCUAAAUAACUAAUCUCUAGCAGAGCAGCCUCUGGUAUCACCAGGCUAUAUAUAUGUAUAUAUGGUCAGCAAUACAGAGGUUGGCGAUUUGAAGGAGCUGCAGACACUAGACAUUUCUACCAAUCGUUUGCUAACUUUACCCGAGAGGCUUCACCUGUGCCUUUCUCUGCAGUACCUCACUGUGGACCGAAAUCGUCUAUGGUGUGUGCCGCGCCAUCUCUGCCAGCUGCCCAGCCUCAAUGAGCUCUCCAUGGCUGGAAACCGUCUUGCAUUUUUGCCACUUGAUUUAGGUCGAUCUCGAGAACUACAAUAUGUGUACGUGGAUAACAACAUCCACCUGAAAGGCUUGCCCUCCUAUCUGUACAAUAAAGUCGUCGGGUGCAAUGGCUGUGGUGCUCCCAUUCAAGUUUCCGAGGUGAAGCUGCUUUCCUUUUCAUCAGGGCAACUAACUGUUUUCCUCCCUGCCGAGGUGAAGGCCAUCGGGACAGAGAAGGAUCGCGUCCUGCCUCUGCAAGAGCUGGCCAUGAGGAGUCUGCAUCACACCUACCACAGUUUCCUAAAGGAUUUGAACUUUCUGUCUCCAAUCUCCUUACCCAGAAGUCUCCUGGAGCUGCUGCACUGCCCCCUGGGGCACUGUCACCUGUGUAGCGAGCCCAUGUUUACAAUUGUCUACCCCAAGCUCUUUCCCAUGAGAGAGACGCCGAUGGCAGGGCUGCACCAGGGGAAGACAGCUGUUAGUUUCGUGGCUUACUGCUGCUCCACUCAGUGUCUGCAGACUUUUGACCUACUGAGUUGAUAAACACUCCAGAGCCUCGGGAGUGUUGCCAGCUUGACAUGCAGUCGCCUGCAUAUCACACACUGUGCGACCGAGGGACAGGAGAAUCCAGCCAGGCGGAGGAGACCUUCCGUCCAGUCCUCUCAAACACGGGGACCGCAGAACACUCUGGAAAUGUCAUGAGUGAGCUUCAGGGCUAAAGCAGCUUCACCCUUCCCCCGAGUUGGAAUAUAUCCUCCCCAAAAUUAAGGACUCUGCUUCUGUGUUUUUCUUUUUUGUGAGUGUGUCUCAUACACAGACUGUUCAGUUUGUGUGCCUUCCCAAAUCUAAUUUAAAGCAAGUUUCAGUUCCCUGAAGAGCUAUAAUUUGAUAAGAUAGCCAAAUUAACUUUUGAACACACCUACCUUCAAUGAUACUUCUAAUCUUCUCCUCUCCCUCUUUUUCCAGAGAGUUAUUUCCCCCGGAGGGUAUCCUCCACGUUUUUAAUGAAUUUCAGCAACCCCCGGCCUCAGUGGUAUUGAAUAGCAGAGGCAGCACCUGAGUGCGCAGCGAAGUUAGACUCCGGCGGACGCUCCACAGGGGUCCUAGCACACACCCCCUGGAAAGCUACAACCUUAUCACCUUAUAAGUUAUAAAACUUAUAACCUUUAUAAGUUUGCAACAUGUUAAGAGACUUUUGUGAGAGGUUUUAAAAAUUAAAAUAAAGUGUAGAUUAUGAAUAGGAUACACUCAUUUUUAAACACUAUUUACAGAAAAGUAAUUUUUGAAAUUUUUUAUUUCCUGGUAAGAUUUUUAUAUAUAAGAAAAGUUUGAGGAAUAUUUGAGACUUUAAAAAAUCUGAUCCUUUUCUUUCUAGAUUUAAAUAUUUUCUGGCUAAUGAGAAAGGGUGAGAAAAAAAACAUCAAAAUAUGACCUCCAGUUUUUCUUGUUAGAUGGGUUUAUGAUUAAAUUUACAUUGACUUUGCACUAUUUUUGUUACGCGUGGACACCAGGCUUCAGCUCCUUCUGCUACUAGUUUUCAGCGGGGUGAUUCUAAGGACUGCCUGUGCACAGAGAUAAAAACACCUGGUGCAUUCGCUUUUCUUAAUUUUGACCCUAGAUUUCUUAUAUAUUUAACACACUGUUGUCCACAUUUCACUGUGGAAAUACAAGAAAAGCAGGCCCAAAUCCAGCCUUGGACUUUUGCAAAAAGACCAUAAAUAGACAGUCUGAGCUUACCUCUGACAGCAGAGACGCCCUUCACGGAGGGUCACACGUUCGCUCUUCCUUUGAAAGGAGGGCAUUUUAACGUUGCUCUGCUGCCGGAUGCUCAUCGGGUUGCUGUGAAGUGAUUCUUUUUUAGUUUUUUAACAUUUCACUUAUACAGAGCUUUCUCUGAGGCAGGACUUUUUAAAAGGGGAACCAAAAAAGUUUACUUGGUAGAAAAAUGUUCAGAAAAUUUCAGACUUGUCAGAAAUUUGGUUUAUGGAAUCUUAUUAGCUGCCCUAAAUCUGUAGUGCUAGCUCUUAACAGUGCUAAAAAUCCUACAUAGUUACUGACAAAUGUGUGAUCUUUUCACAGUCACACCACCUGCCGCCCAGAAAGCAGACUCUCCACGUAGAAUGGUGAAGGCAGAACAUUACCAUGUGUUCCAACUGUAUUUCCACUGUUCUCACUGCCUCUUGUCCCUUUUAUAACUUGGCCUGUUCAGCCUUAACAUUUCAAAGGCUUGUAGUGUAAUAGGAACUGAAGAACUAUAUCAAAAUAUAAUACUUCUUUCAUGCUUUGGAGUAAUCGAAGUUUUAGCAUAACCUCUACAUGUAUGUGAGUUGGCAGGUGAACAAUGUGGCAUGAAACUUGACAAGUGUGAUUCAGGCCUAAGUGGCUGCUGCCCGUCAUUUAAGUAACAUUAAGUAAAUAUAUUGCAACAUCUCUCUAUUUCACCCUCUACAAUCGUCUGUCUUAGAGUGGAGCUAUGAAAUGUGCUUACCUGAUAUUCAGGAUUCUCACUGAGAUAUUUUUACGAAGACACUUAGAAUGCAAGCAUUAUCUCUGCAUCUAUUAUAAACAAUGUGUGUGGACCACCAGCAGUGAGCUGGGCAGACAACUUUUGGGCAGUCUCAACCCUAAUCCUUGGUGCAGCACCCAGCUGAAGUGAUGAGAAAUGGAACUUAUAAUUUGGCUCCCCUGGUGCUGUCCAUUAUCAAAAUUUACUACUGGAUUCACAGAUGUCAUUCUUAACCUUGUAAUAUUAUAAAGGAGUGUUGUAGACUGGAGAAAAUUUGCCUACAUGAUGUGUAUUUGAAUUGUGUCCAGACCUUUGCAGAAAAUUCUAAAGCUAUUAUGUAUGUGUUUUCUUGAGCAAGUUAUACUAGGUAUAGAAAUGUUUCAGGCCAUUAUAGUGAUGCCCAAACAAAGUGAGUUACUUGGAAAAUAUAGUCUUCAGGUACGUUUACAUCAAUAAUCUGAUUUGGUUAAUGGUAAAUUUUAAAAUUCAGGAUACCCUUUCGGUCAUAGGCCUUCUUACGAUGUAGUGUAAAAGGGGUUCAUUUUAAGUGGAUUACCCUAUCAGUGUUCUUCAAAAUGCUUAAUGGUUAUCAUACCAAAAUCCUCAAUUAUAUAACAUUGUGUAGCUAAAACGUUGCAUCUUCAAUGAAUAAAUAUUUUAAACACACUUAAAAUUUUUUUUAAAUGUUCAGUACACAAAAGAGCCCUGGCAGGUGGAGGAUCCACUCCGGUUAUCAGGGCAGAGUGACGAGCUCCUGGGUUAUCGGGCCCUCCUCUUCCAGAACAGCGAGGUAUGCGGUAAACACCUGUUGGUCAGUGUACUCACGCCCACUAAACCCUUUCACACUGCGGCUCGUCUGACCUGCUCAAUGUACCUCUCACUCUUUUCCCACAGUUGGCAUUUAUGAAUUACAAUGUCUACAGCCCAAUAAAAAAGGCGUCAAUACCAGUUGGCUUAUCAGGCUUUGCUUGUAGUUUGCUCUAAAAUAUAUACCUAUUUUGUAAUCUCUGGGGACUUUCAAAGCCAGUUUUAAAAAUUAAUAGUAAAAUUAGGUUUCUGUUUCCUGAAUUGAAAAAUCAGGCAUUUUUAUGUUUACGGAAAAAAGCUUAAACACGAUAUGUUGCUUCAGCAGAAAUCAAAGCCUUUUUAUUCAGAUGAUUUAUGAACAUGGAUUCCUAACUAGGCCAGCACUAAUGCAACCUGAUGUAAUUAAAUAUUGAGAUGUAAACUUCAUUUCACAGACUUGUAAACACACUCUCCUGAGGAAUCUUAUUUUAAAAUGUAUCCUUACAAAACCCUAGCCAUAUUAUUAUGUUUUUAUUAUUUUUAUGGUUUCCACCAACGCCUGCUUAGUCCUAAUGAGGCUUUCCUACAUUUCUCCAGGAAUUCAGUGAAUCUCUUGCCUUCUCUUAAACAGAGGGGGUUUUUAUAAAGUCUGUAUUCUUGAAAACAGCACUGUCCAACUAAAAGACAUUCUGGUCUCACCAUCCUUGCCCAGGAGGCACCUCCUUGUCUUAUCAGCUAAGAGAUCUGAAAGUGAUGCAGGGGUCUCCAGGAAAGGGACUAAUCACAGCUGAGUUGACUGUUAUCCUCGGCCAGGAAAAGAGGUUGCUUUACACCCUAGGAUGUUCUCUUUGAAGCAUUACUGUAUUGUCCCUUGCAUUUCAGAGACAGAAAAGUACUGGCAGCCCAGUGUGGUGGCAGGGCAGAAGGCAGAGCAUUUGGGGAUCAUUUCUAUGUGUAAUUAAGAGACUUGCAAGGGUGGGCCAGGUGGUUGUUUUUCUUCACUCACCUUUUAGUAGAGUGUGGAUUAUCCUUGCUACCUAUGUUAACGAAUGUCAGGUUGUUUCUCAUAGUAAUUUUGAGACUGUAAUAAAAUCCAAGAUCUUUUUUUCUUUC